GUAUGUCGACUGACAGCGAAGGGAACGGCGAUCCCCAGCCCUCGAAAGAAAAAGAAAAGGAAACGAAGCAAGCAUACGUCCCCGGACGAGCAGUUCCAACGGAAGUGGUAGCAAUAGCAGUGGCUCCAACAGUUACUAACUACGAUGCAACAACCUACAAGGAUUUCCCUACCGAUCUUCAUGACGUCGCCGUCGGCGGAAAUCUUGAGCAGGUAGCAAUCACAGCCAGCGUUCAGCUGUAGCUAAUACCUUUAUUCCUUGCCGGUUUUGGAACCAGCGUGCA